GUCAGAGCCUGUAAGAUCCGCCGUGCGCUUCUGUUUUUUCUAAUAAUCCAUGACGAGCCUCCUCUGACCAAACCCCGUCAUCAACACACACAAACAAACAACACUGGACAAGUGACAAUGGCGAGCAGACGGGCCUCGGUGUCCUCCUCAUCGGCGGGUCUGGAGGCCUGGUUCCCCGCGCCCGGUAGCGCGGAGGACGAGCCGGAGCUGCGGCGGCUUCGGGAGCGGCUGCGCGGGUGGCUGUCGCAGUGUGAGCCCGCGGUGAUCUGCGCGCAGCGGCUGCUGGUGUGGGAGAGGCCGCUGUACAGCAGCAUCGCCGCGCUCGCGCUCAACACGCUGUUCUGGCUCCUGUCGUCCACAUCUCUGAGACCCUUGUUCCUCCUGAGUGUGUCUCUCAUUGGACUGACGUUACUGGAGAGAUGGAAAGGCAAGCUGCCGCAGAUCACCGUGUGGCAUCCAGAGCCGUCUGUCGUUGAGAGAGAAACGCUAAGUGAGCAGCCACGUUUGUUAAGCAUCGAGGAGCUCAGCCAUCAUCUUGCAGAGAGUUACCUCACCUUCAGGCUUUACAUCCAAGAAAUGCUUCAGUAUAAACGACAAAACCAUGGCAAGUUCUGCAUCAUGAUGUGUUCAGGAUGUGUCCUGCUGGCCAUGGUUGGACAUUACGUUCCCGGGAUUAUGAUCUCCUACAUCAUAUUGCUGAGUGUGCUGCUGUGGCCGCUGGUGGUUUACCAUGAGCUGAUCCAGAAAAUGUACACCGGACUGGAGCCCAUACUGAUGAAACUCGACUACAGCAUGAAAGGAGACACACAGCGCCGCAAAUACGACAAGAGAAGGCUAAAGAAGGAGCAGGGAGAGGGUGAUGAACCGAGGGCAGAGACGGAGAGCGAGAGCGAGAGCGAGAGCGAGGAAGAGCUGUCAUGUUUCGCCCCUACUGUGGAUGUGAAGACUACGGCUCUGGCGAUGGCCAUCACAGACUCUGAGCUGUCCGAUGAGGAGGCGUCCAUACUGGAGAGUGGAGGAUUCUCUGUAUCCAGAGCCACUACACCACAGCUCACAGACGUCUCUGAAGCAGACAUGGAUCAGCAGAGCGUGCACAGUGAACCGGAGGAGGCGUUCACUAGAGAUCUAGCGGAGUUCCCGUCGGUGGAUGAACUGCCUUCUAUUGAACCGGGGCUGUUCCAUUUCCCGUUGGGUGUCCUGGGGUCCGAGCAGACGGGAGCGUCCGGCUCCGAGCUCCAGGAGGAACCGCUGUCUCCUGCCAGCCUCCUCAUCCAGCACUUAGCAUCGCCGCUCCACUUUGUCAACACGCACUUCAAUGGACACAGACAAGCGGCGGGGGCAGACCAAAGCAUUGUGGGUACUGAUAAAGAGGGAAGGGGAUUGGCUGAGGAUGUUUCGAGACCCACUCGGUCCCUGGAAGCCCUUAGUGAGGAGAUAGUGAGCACGGCCAUCUCUACUGUUGUACAGAACACUCUCUCAGCCCUGUUGCGAUCUACGGAGGCUAGCGAAGGAGAAGGAGACCUGGCUUCGUUUCUUCCCACCGAACCGCCUCCUUGUCCGAUUGAAUCGUCCCUCGAGUCACCAUCAUCCAAAGAAGCCAGUGUAGAGGAAGAGGAAGAGGAUGGUGACGUCACCGAAGCAAGCACCGAAGAGCAGCCGGAUCUCACGCUCGUACCCGCGGAGGAAGAGGACUUUGAGCUUCUGGACCAAAGUGAACUGGAACAAAUGGACGAGGGGUUGGGCCUUGGUGUUGAUGGACAGGAAGUGGGCGGGGCUUCCACAGAAACACCCCCAAGCAGUCAGCAGCACGCAGACCAGCAUGAUUCUUAGCUUCCCAUCAUCUAAACUGUUUAUUUUAUUUAUAGUCUUUGUAGACACCAUAUACUGACAAAAGAUUUGUGAAAGGGAAUUUUGCGGUCAUCUAUGCCUUUAUUUUGUCGUUAUCGGGAGUGAGAUCACUGUGAUUGUUAAUGCCUCCGCAGGUGAAUGUCCAAAAUGUAAAAUGUAUAACACAAAUCCUUUUUUUGACAGAUCCAAAUAGCCUUCAGCCUCAACUCAAAUUUUAAAGGUGAUUUAAAAUAAAUUUAGUUUUAAUCAUUUACUGUAUCUUUUGUCAAAGACCACAUGUCUGCGACAGAUGACAAGAGCCCUCUGGUUCAUCAAUCCCACGCUGAGUGUUUUCAUAAGUCAUGGGAAUUUUAGGACUGUGGAAGGAGAGGAUGAGUAGGAUAUGACUGAAGACUGAAAACAUUAGUGAUGUCAAACAUUUAUUUUCAUCAUCAUAGCUAAACUAAUAUAUUCUAUAAUAUAUUCCUAUGAAAUGGAUGGUUUUAUUUAUUCAAAUUGGUUAAAGUGAAGAAUAGUUCACUAUUAAAUAUGCCUCAAAUAAAUGCUUGUGAAUAAAUGAGUGACAAAACUUUAGCACAUUUGGCUGCAUUCCAGAUUAAUUUAUUGGAUUUUAAUUGGAUCGUGCCAUUUUUAAUUGGACACCCCCCCCCCCCCCCCCGCACACACACACACACACACCAUGUAGGUGUUUAACUCUGUUCAUAUUCAUUCAAUAUAUUAUAAUUGGAUGCACUUUAGCAUUUUUGUUUGUGUGCACUUACUAGUUUACUUAUUACUUAUUAGUUUGCAGGACUUUUUCCUGGAUACCAAAUACCCUACUGUUCAAAAGUUUGGGUCAGUAUUUUUUAUAUAUUUAUUUAAAGGUAUGAAUACUUUUAAGCAGCGAGGAUCAAAAAGCAUUCAUAUGAUUGAAAGUGAUUAAAAGAUUUCUAUUUCAAAUCCAUAGAAAUGUUUCUUGAGCAGCAAAUCAGUAUAUUAGAAUGAUUUCUGAAGGGUCAUGUGACACUGAAAACUGAAGUAAUGAUGUUGAGAAUUCAGCUUUAGCAUCACGGCAAUAAAUGACACCUAAAAUUUUAUACUAUACAUUUUUUUAAUUCUAAUAAUUUCACAAUUUGACUGUUUUUACUGUUUGAUCAAAUAAAAUGCAGGCAGGGAGAGCAUAAGUGAAUUACUGACUCUAAAUGUAUGAACGGUAGUGUAUGUUGUAUUGCAUUGUAAAAUUUACAUCGAAAGGUCACAGAUUGCCUGAAAUAUAAUUCAAAUGAUAAACAAACAUUUUUGGGUGUAGUUUGUGCAUGGGCUUGACUGAAUUAUUAUUAUUAUUU